AUGACCAAGAAGUAUAGGCCAAAAGUUGAUACCAGUGAAAAAAAGAAGAGGAAGGAGAGCUGUAAUGAGGGAGGUCCCUCGAAAAAGAAGAAAUGUAAUCAUCCUCCCUCUGUUGAUCAGUCCUCAAUAGCUAAUCCCACCUCCACCAAUCCAAUUGAUCCCAUUGUUGAUCCCACCUCCACAAAUCCAGUUGAUCCCUCAUUCAAUACAUCAAGUUCACCCAACCCCAAUCCCAAUCCAGCAAGUUCAUCCAAUGAAGACAUAUCUUUCUUCAAUGAUGAUUGCAAACAUCGGGAUUAUGGUGGAUUUGAGGAGUCUUGA